AUAUUUCUUCCCCCGAUGGUGGGUAUGUGGUGGGAUCUCCAUGAUCGGUGCUGCUUCACCACAAUUUCUGUGCUUAACAUUGGUGACUAAUUUGAUUAUAAUCUGUCAGUUCCCUCUGUAUCUCUCCAUGUCCAGUAUCUAUCUGUUCCAUUUACCUUGAACAUAAGCAAAGCCAAAUUUCUUGGUUUUUUGGCCUUAAAAGUUGAAAAGUCUUUUCUUUUUUUGGUAGAAGAAUGGCAGCAAGUUUGUUUCAAAGGCCUUCAGCAAUUCUUUUCACAGGAACUCAGUUUCCAGUUUCCAUUUCUAAGGAUAUUCCAAUAGAAUCCUCGCCUUGUAUACAUUUCAAUUACCAUUUUAGAAGCAAAGCAAACAACCAAAAGAAGGGGCUUUUACAAGUCAAAGCUACAGUGGGAGCUGGAACCCAGAGUGUUUCCAAAUCAAGUGAGACGAAAGAUUUGGAUGGAAACCAGUUGGAGAAGAAGACGAAGCUGAAGAUAUUGAUUGCUGGGGGUGGUAUUGGAGGGUUGGUUUUUGCAUUGGCUGCAAAAAAGAAAGGUUUUGAUGUAGUGGUGUUUGAGAAGGAUUUGAGUGCUAUAAGAGGUGAGGGGCAAUAUAGGGGUCCAAUUCAGAUACAAAGCAAUGCAUUGGCUGCUUUAGAGGCUAUCGAUAUGGAAGUUGCUGAGGAAGUCAUGGAAGCAGGGUGCGUCACAGGUGAUAGAAUCAAUGGAUUAGUUGACGGGGUUUCCGGUACUUGGUAUGUCAAGUUUGAUACGUUCACACCUGCGGCAGAAAGGGGGCUUCCAGUAACAAGAGUUAUUAGUAGGAUGACUUUGCAACAAAUCCUGGCUCGUGCAGUUGGGGAAGACGUAAUUUUUAAUGAGAGCAAUGUUGUUGAUUUUGAGGAUGAUGGAGAUAAGGUCACUGUGGUACUGGAAAAUGGAAACCGCUAUGAUGGUGAUCUUCUAGUUGGAGCUGAUGGAAUAUGGUCCAAGGUGAGGAAGAACUUGUUCGGACCAAAGGAAGCUGUAUAUUCUGGCUACACUUGCUAUACCGGUAUUGCAGAUUUUGUGCCUGCUGAUAUUGAGUCUGUCGGGUACCGUGUAUUUUUGGGACACAAGCAGUACUUUGUUUCCUCAGAUGUUGGUGCUGGAAAGAUGCAGUGGUAUGCAUUUCACAAGGAACCAGCUGGUGGUGUGGAUAGCCAUGGUAAAAAGGAGAGGCUACUUAACAUAUUCGGGGAUUGGUGUGACAAUGUGACAGAUUUGUUACAUGCUACUGAUGAAGAUGCAAUUCUUCGACGAGACAUAUAUGACCGAACACCCUCACUAACUUGGGGAAGAGGGCGUGUAACCUUGCUUGGGGAUUCUAUCCAUGCAAUGCAGCCAAAUAUGGGUCAAGGGGGAUGCAUGGCCAUCGAGGACAGUUACCAAUUAGCAUUGGAACUUGAUAAUGCAUGGAAACAAGGUGUUGAGUCAGGGACUCCUAUUGAUGUUGUUUCCUCUUUAAGGAGCUAUGAGAGAGCUAGAAGACUGCGAGUUGCCAUCAUCCAUGGAAUGGCAAGAAUGGCUGCAAUCAUGGCUUCAACUUACAAGGCUUAUUUAGGUGUAGGGCUAGGUCCCUUGUCGUUUUUGACAAAAUUUCGGAUACCACAUCCAGGAAGAGUUGGUGGAAGAUUUUUUAUCAACUUAGCAAUGCCCAUAAUGCUCAACUGGGUCUUAGGUGGUAACAGCUCAAAUCUUGAAGGGAGGUCCUUAAGUUGCAGACUCUCAGACAAGGCAAGUGACCAAUUGCAGACAUGGUUUGAAGACAAUGAUGCACUCGAGCAGACUAUUAAUGGAGAGUGGUUCUUAUUGUCAGUUGGGAACGAAGCAGCUACCUCACAACCUAUUUGUUUAAGUAGGGAUGAGAACAAAUCGUUUGUGAUCGGAAGUGAAAAGAAUGAGAAUUUUCCAGGAAGAUCAGUGGUGAUACGUUCACCUCAGGUAUCAAAAACACAUGCUCAAAUCAUCUAUAAAGAAGGUGCAUUCUUCCUAAUUGACAUGCAGAGUGAACAUGGGACCUAUAUCGAGCAUGAAGGGAGAAGAUCUUGGAUACCUUCAAAUGUUGCUACUCGACUUCGACCCUCGGAUGUUAUUGAGUUUGGUUCCGAUAAGAAGGCAGCAUUGAGGGUAAAGGUGAUGAGAUCGCCUCCAAAGAUUGCCUAUAACGAAGAUGGACAACUUCUUCAGGCUGUGUGAAGAUUUUAUGCAGCUCUUGUUCUCUAAUUUAUUGCAAUUGUAUAGCAUUUUGAGGAUUGAUAAUGUGGCAGACUCUAGAUGUAGGUGAAAAAAAAUCAUGUACUUAAUAUAUCUAUAAAAAAUUUACAUACAAAACAGUUGGUGGAAAUGGUAAAGUUAAAAACAUUCUAAUGUCUUGAGGCACCAA